CCGGGAGCAGGGAGCCGGCUGGACGCGCGGACAGGCCCGGCGAGCGCGGCGGCGCUGCGCUCGACAUAAUCACCCACACAAAAGGAAGCCAAAUCCAGGGACUACAUGGUGUGACUGUGCGGCAGCUGCAGGACGUUGGCAAGUUUUCCUGGAUGUCCUGCAGGACCCAGUGAGCCCAGGCCCAGAGGAAUUCUGGUGACAGUGCGCUCUCAACUCUCCUUCAUGAACUACCAUUGCCAAAAGGUGUCCUUGAGUGAAGGUAGCAGGGAGUGAAAGAGGAGGAGAAAAGAAAAUUAAGAAAGGUAUAUGAGUUUUGGACUUUUCCACACCCAGGGUCAGAAUGCUGCUCCUCUGUCAUGCCCUCACUGUAGCUGUGGCCCAGACCUUUAUCUUCUCAGAAAACCGGGCAUUCGCCAAGAACAUCAACUUCUAUAACGUGCGGCCUCCUCUUGACCCAACACCAUUUCCAAACAGCUUCAAGUGUUUUACCUGUGAAAAUGCAGGGGAUAAUUAUAACUGCAAUCGAUGGGCGGAAGACAAAUGGUGCCCACAAAAUACACAGUACUGUUUGACAGUACAUCACUUUACCAGUCAUGGCAGGAGUACAUCCAUCACCAAAAAGUGUGCCUCCACAAGCGAAUGUCAUUUUGUUGGCUGCCACCACAGCCGAGAUUCUCAACACACGGAGUGCAGGUCUUGCUGUGAAGGGAUGAUCUGCAAUGUAGAGUUACCCACCAACCACACCAAUGCGGUCUUUGCUGUGAUGCAUGCUCAGAGGACGUCUGGCAGCUGUGCCCCUGCGCUUCACCUACUACUGCUGGCCUGGGCCUUCGUGCUGUUGUUGAUGUGAUACCACCAUUCCUGGGAGAGGCAGAGACCAGCCCUCUAAAGCACAAGCCAACAACUGUAUAAACAGUGAACUUUGGAGUGAAGACCAAUCUUGCACUUGGUGAGGAAUGCUCAUUGGACCCCAAAGCAGAAGCCAGUUGUUGCUUAGCUAAAAUGCUCCUGCACGAGGCCACUGAGGAAGGGGACUUGGCAGGGACUGAGGGAUUACGUGGAUUUUAUAUUUCUUGAUCAAAGGGGCUGCAUUUUGUCACUUCUGCAAGGAGAGUCUUGCCAGCAUCUACUACGGGCAGGUUCAGUAGCCUGUAUUGUCCCCACCUGACCAGGCCUGUAGCAGAAAGGACUCCUUGAGCUGAUCAACUCCUUCAGGGGCUGCUGGAUCAGACCCUCUCUUUUCCGUGAUCAGCUCAGAGCAUCUCUAUGAAAUAUAACCCUUCCCCAAUAAGAAAGCAAUUUCCCCGCCAACGGUGUAGCCAAUGAGAAGGGCAACUACAAGAAGAAAACUUCCAGUGGAACUAAUAUGAAACCCAUUUGCU